UGGGGGAAAGAAGAAUGGAGGUAGAAAACAAAGGAAAACCACCUUCAUUCCCUUCCAACUAUGUCACCAUCCAUCAACUCCGACAACGCUGGCUCCAACAACACCAAUCUCCUUGUUCAUUACCCACCACCGUGAUUCCUGAAUCAAACCACCGUGAUAAUGGUGAUGUUGUUGACUCGUCUUCUUCUUCUUCUUCUACUGCUGUUUCUCAAAAACCCCAAAACGACGCCGUUUAUGCGCGUUCACCACCACCACCACCACCUGUAACAAAAUCACCAUCAUCAUCAUCCAAUACCAAAAACAGACGGUCGUCAUCAUUGUCCACGGAAUCAGACCACCGUGAUAAUGAUGAUGUUGUUGAAUCUUCCAAAAGAAACCCCCAAAACGACACCGUUUCUGCUCGUUUUUCAAAAUCACCAUCAUCAUACUAUAGCAAAAACAAAACCCCAUUCUCAUCCAUUUCUUCUUCUUCUUCUGGUGGUGGUUUUAAUAAGAAAGCCCAGAGCGACGUCGUUUCACCCUUCAUUUCUAAGCAAAACCCUCAGAAGAAUCGAAUUGCAUCUGGAACCCUAAAAGAAACUAUUUUUGGAAAAAGUCGUGGUCCCCACCGGGCACCCGAAGUCGAACCUAAACACACUGAUACUAUGAAUAAUAAUAAUACUAAUUUAGACAGUGAUUAUGCUAAUGAUGUGACUGAUAACCAACUAGUAUUAAAAAAGAAAAAAAGAAAAAAUAAGAAGAAAAACCUGGCAAGGGUUAUUUUACCUGAUCAAAGUGUAACUGGUGGGGAGUCAGGGGAAUCGGGUGGAGGUCGAGAACCGAAUGAAAAGGCGGUUGGGGAAUCGGAGCAAGUGGUGGAGCUGGAGAGAAAACAGAAACCGAGGGAUUGGAAUAAGAAGAGAGUGAAGGAGUUUAAAGACAAAACGGCGUCGUUUGAUCAGAAUAAGCCUGGUGUUGGGGAUGAUAAUCCGGAAUUGGAGAAGAAGGGACAACUGAGGGAAUCAAAGGGACGUAGAAAUUUGGAUAAGAAGGGAGUGAGGGAGUUUAAAGACAAAACGCCGUCGUUUGAUCAGAAUAAGCAUGCUAUUGGCGAUAAUGCGGUUGAAUCUGAAGCUAAACCAGAAUUGGAGGUGGGAAAGGGACAAGAGUCGCCAGAAUUGGGUGGAUUUCGAAAAUUGGAUAACAAGGCGGUGAGAGAAUCUAAAAUGGGACAGGAAUUGGAAGAAGUUGUGGUGGUGGAGAUUCCCAUGGAAACAAGAGGACGCCCGGAUUUGAAUAAGAAAUCUGUGUGGGAAUAUAAACCCAAAACGGCGCCGUUUGGUCAAUAUGACUCUAAUAAUAGUGUGGAUAGUAAUGUUGGUAAUGGUGAUGUUGUGAAAGAGAACUCGAGACACGCUUCUACAAAGUUGGAUCAUCAGGGGCAGGGACAGGGACAGGGCAAACAAUCAUUAAAAGCGGCAUCGUUUGAUCAGGAUCAGGAUAUGAGUGAGACUGCUGCCAAAGAGAGGGAUGCUGUUAAUACUAGUAAUUAUUAUCAUAGAAAUAGAAACGCUACUGGAAAUGGGGGGAGUAACUGGAGAAUGGGUUCCGGAAGGUUUCGCGGUCAGGGGAUACAAAGAUUAUCGUAUUCGAAGCCACUAGUUUCGACCAGGAAAGGGGAUGUUUGGGUUAAGAAAGGGGAAUCCAUCAAACCCACCUUAUCAUCAUCUUAGGAAAGUUCCUAUUGCAAGAGAGGACAAGGCGGACAGCUGAAGCAAAAGGGAUAGUAGCUGAGUUUCUUUUCAAAUUUUGUUAAUGCAAAAUCCAGAUGUUUACUUCACUAAACUUACACCCUACAGCUGGGACAUUUUUGAGUUGUAUGAUGCAUGUGUUCUCCAAUUAAAGAAAUUGAAAUUGCAAGGAAAUUUUGAAUUUAACUACCAAAUGGGAAAAAAACCAUUAUUCUGUUUUUUUGUUU